AUGGCGGAGUCCCAAGCCUUGCUCAAGUGAGUUGUUACAUGAUGUUCUUUACUUCACCCUCCUGGAAAAAUUAGUGCAGUGUGUUUAUGCAAAGAUAUGAUGUAAAAAUUACAUGCUUAAUUGAUAGUAGAAGCGCUCAUGUUGUUUCAGUUGCCCGUUAUCGAAAUUCCCGGUAAUUCGGGGACCCGAAACCAAAUAUUAGUAUGUGUAAUCAAAUAGUGACGAGUGAUUUUAGGGAAUAAUUUCACGCGCGUUUUGUCCAAAUCCUAAUAAUCUCCCUCGCCUAAAGGCUCGGGAAAUUAUAAGGAUUUGGACAAAACGCAAGUGAAAUUAUUCCCUAAUUUCACGAGUAUACCAUUUGGUUACCUAUUAAUAUCAUGGGUGACGAAUUUACGUUAGCAAUCUUGGAUUUUUGACAUGUUUAUCCUGGAUCGUAUCGAUCGAGAACUCUACUCUCUCAAAUGUUUAGACCUUAAAUUUGGCGUAUAAAGUUCAGAAGUUUUCAGACCUUUUCGGCAAAAUACCUGUUUAGAGUCCUUCUUGAUGUUCUCUUGUGUGUUCAGGUUUUCCAAGGCGUCUUUUUGUGCCCUGAUAUCUUCAUUCAGGGCAUUUUAAAACUUCGUCGCCAUCUUGACACUGAGACGUACGGAAGUUGCCAUGGCACAUUUGUAAUUUCACAUGUCGAAUUACAAAUUAACGCUGAAAUUUCGCGCCAAAAUUAAGGGGUAAUUCGUCACCUAUGAUAUUAAAAGUAAAAUCUUAUUGAUAAAAGCGCGGAACUUUAUUUCACAAACCGGUUCAUUUGUUUUGGUAACUGAUAGUCUUAUCAUGUUAUCUCCAAAACGUUUGGCACCUCGAUCUUGAAUGUAAACAUGUAAACAAAACAGGUUUACGAGGCCGGUAAUCACCAGGCCCCGGUUGCUCAAUAGUUGGGUAACGCUUUCCACCGGAUAAAUCGUUAUCCAGCCGAUACGAAAACCACCUCUUGAACAAUCGGGACCAAGACUUUCGAGAAACGGGCCCCGGGUCCACCUAGUGGCGGGUUAAAGCGGCACUUGAACCCAGUCUCCCCGGGUUACAAGUCUGUCGCCUGGAUCACUCAGGCACGCUGCCUUGGCAGCAUUUUUUUUCUUUUUUUUUUUUAAAUAUAAUUUUACGUUUAUUGACAAAACACAUAUUACAGUUGCAAAAUUUAAAACUAAAAAAAAAGUAUAUAACGAUAUUACAGAUUGGAUCGAAAUUACAUAAAGACGAGAAAGAAUAUAAUACAACAGUUGUAGUAAUACGCACAAUAAUAAUAGACCUGCUAAUUAACAGAUUAUUCCGGUAAGAUGGAUACUCACUAACUAGUUGAAGAAGGGGGUUUUUCGAAAUCGUAUAUGAUUUUAGCCUUAAGUUCAUCCAAAGAAUGGCAGCAUUAUUUUAAAGUCAAUUUAUUUAUUUAUUUGCCACACACGUGUAAAAAUACAAAUAACAUAAGAUAAGUAGAAAAAAGGUGUAGUGGCGAGGAGACCUAACAGAAACUAUAGGAGCUUAUGAGAGAUUAAGCGUGCUCCACCUACGGUCUGUAGCUUUUUACAUCAAGUGAAGCAAGAGACGGCGUUAAGUUGAGUGUGGAAAAGAUAUGAUUGUUUUUCAUAUGCACUUAUUAAUUUCAUAAAUGAGGAAAGGGAUAGAAAGUUGAUGCCUUCUUUGUCAAGUGAAUUUAGAAACUUGGGUCCUCGAAAAACACUGAAAACGUCUUAGUGUUUGUUGGACAAUAGGGUGGACGGUAGGCCUGGGAUUCUAGUAUUGUUAGAGGGGAAUUGGUUGCUUUGGGAGAACUUGUUAAAAGGUCGCUUCUGUAGAUUAACUCUUGCAUUGUUGUGUUCGUAGUCUCGAAAGAUCACGGAGGAAUCUUGAUGGUUUUCAACGUGGUCCCUCUCCGCAGCCCUUAAUAUCAGACUCUCUGGGCGGUCUGUACGGCUCACCCGACAAAAGUCCCGAUAGAAUGCACUCGAAGGUAAUGAAAAGUGAUUGUAGUUGCACACGCUAGGAUUACAGCGUUAUGCCACAGUAUUUUUUUGUAUGACCUUCAAAAUAUUGCGCGCGAACAAGAACUUAAUUACAACUCUUGCAGCUCUUGUUUGAAUAGCGUUUUACUUUGAGAGAGGCUUCUAUAGAAUGCUGAAUACUCCUGAUUGAUUUAUUGAUUGAUUGAUUUUUGCAGGGAGACGGGCAGUUAAUGAAGGCUGUAGAAAAUGAACUCAACAAAAGUAUUAAGCGACAUUUGAAGAGCGGUAAGUACAACCUCAUAAGUAAAACUGAGAAAACAAAGUCAAAUACCUACGAGUGUCUGUCGGUCAGUGCAGACGAGUGAAAAAGCUGGCAGGCAUCGAAAAAUGAGACGAGCGAAAAAAAGGCGGGAAGAGAGAAGAGGAUAAUAUGUAAGCAUUUUUUGGAAUACCUCCGUCCGCCCACUUUCAGAAAAACCAUUACCCCUGUAAGUGUCAAAUAUCGAAAUCUGCGGUGUAGGAGGGUUUCACACGCUCGUUGUGUUUGUUCAACACCGCGCUCGCAAAGCCAAGUGAUUGAUAUUAGUAUUAACCUAAACCGUGACAAAACUGUCCAAUAACAGGUAUUCUAGGAGCUGGUAUACCGGAAUGAUAGACUGGCAGACGGACGCUCUCACGCGAUGUAAUAAGGCGUUGUUUUUAAGAAUGUACCUUGAUGCUUCUGAAUUUCUCUUCGCAGCUGCCAUUACAUCCGACCUCGAUCUCAAGCCGAGUCUGCUAAGUGAUAGGGACAGCGUAUCGUAUGAUCCUCUUUCCGCCUCCUCUAAACAGUAUAUGUCCUUUUUAAGGAAAAACUACUUUGUAUAG